AUGAAGGAGGAGAUAGAGGAACUGUGGAGGGAAGUGAGGGAUUUGAGCUUGGGAAACAGUGGAAACGUAGACAGAUUAGAGUCUCCACCAAGCGCAGUUGAGUUCCUCAGAGACUUUAUCACUCCAAACAAACCAUGCGUAAUCUCCAACGCCAUUUCACACUGGCCCGCACUCUCUUCCUGGCCCCACCACUCCUACCUCUCCCAAACCCUCUCCGCCGCCACCGUCUCCCUCCACCUCACCCCCACCGGCGCCGCGGACGCCCUCGCCCCUCUCCACUCUUCCCUCUGCUUUGCCUCCGCGCACGUGCAGCACGUGCCCUUCCCUGAAGCCCUUAGCCUCAUCUCCUCAUCCGAACCCCACAAGCUCGUGGCUUACGCACAGCAACAAAACGAUUGCUUUCGCUCUGAGUAUUCGUCUCUCGCCGCUGACUGUGAUCCUCACCUCGGUUGGGCCACCGAAGCUAUUGGGUCUGAACCCGAAGCUGUGAACCUUUGGAUCGGUAACCAACAUUCCCAAACCUCGUUCCACAAGGAUCAUUACGAGAAUCUCUACGCCGUUGUCACAGGAGAGAAGCACUUCCUCUUGCUGCCACCUACUGAUGUUCAUCGCUUGUACAUUCGUCACUACCCUGCUGCCACUUACACAUAUUCUUCGGAUACAGGAGAGUUCGAUUUGGAGCUUGAGAAGCCAACAAGGUAUGUGCCUUGGUGCAGCGUGGAUCCUUAUCCUUCUGUGGAGACCGUGGAUGAUGAGAUGGCCAAGUUUCCCCUGUACUUCAAUGGCCCUCGGCCUUUUGAAUGUACUGUGAAGGCCGGGGAGGUUCUCUAUUUGCCUAGCAUGUGGUUCCAUCAUGUUAGACAGAGUGCGGAUGCUGGAGGAUUAGCUAUUGCAGUAAAUUAUUGGUACGAUAUGCAGUUCGAUAUUAAGUAUGCUUAUUUCCACUUCUUACAAUCUAUUCAAUAUCGAUCUACUCCAAGUCCAAUGCUAAAAGAUAAAUUGGCUGAGGAGAUUGAUUCAGGUCCUGAUGAUAAUGAAUCUUGA